CCUAAAAAAAAUACCAACACCCAACUCAAAACAAAGCCAAAAUGCGAGGGAGCUGGCCCAGGCUUGGGCCUCCGGCACUGGCGCUGCUCCAUGUCCACCUCCUCCUGCUCCUGCUCCUCCACCUGCUGGUCGGCACGGAGGCCGCCUUCCGGAACGGCACCGCAAGCAGGAGAAGUGGCGGUUUCCGGAGAAGCAGCGCCACCUGUGCCAAACGAAUGCUGCCGGAGAUCCUGCCACUGCCAGAGACUUGUCCACCUGAGGUGCUCGGCCUGAGGGGCACCGUGUACAUUCUCUACGACGUGAACAUCUCCGAGGGUUUCAACCUGCGCCGGGACGUCUACAUUCGCAUGGCGGUGUUCGUGCGCCGUCUGCGGAGGCGCCAGCGGUUCCGCAAUGUGCGCCUCGUCCUGCCACCGUGGCCACGCCUUUACCACUGGCACUCGCAGGGCUUGCAGCAGGCUGGACUGCCCUGGAGUCACUUCUUCGACCUGGCCAGCCUGCGCCGCUACGCGCCCGUGUUGGACUACGAGGAGUUCCUGGCUGAGCAGCGGCUCUUCGGCAAUCCGGGCGCCCCCCUUGUCCACGUGACGCACGCCUUCCGGCUGCAGCACUACGAGAUCAUGCUAGAGCAGGGCAUCUUCCGGGACAAGUUCGAGCGCAUUACGGACAAGCCGUGCAGCGAGGGAUCCCUAUCGGGUGGACCCCUGCUGCAACAGCCGGAGCUGCGCGUGGGCCGCUUUCACUGCGUCCGCUUUCAGGGCAGCGCAGGACUGCUGGAACAGCUGCUCCGCGGGGCCAUCGACGAGGACACGGCGGGGACGGAGGACGCGGACGACAUGCGCACCUACGCUCUGCUCAGUGCCGAGACCGUGCUUCACGACCACUGGGGCGACGAACACUUUUGGCGAGCCCGACGCUCCAUGCGCUUUGCCCGGCAUCUUGACCAGGUGGCCGACGACUUCCGACAGCAGGCGCUGGCCACCACAACCGAUUCAGCCGGUGUUCAGCGGCCCGCCUUGUGGGAGCUGGAGCGACCAAAGCGCAACGCGAGGGGUGGAGAUUACCUGUGCGCCCACCUCAGGCGGGGCGACUUUGUGCGAUCGCGAGAGGCGACCACGCCCACCCUGAAGGCGGCCGCCCAGCAGGUCAAGCAGUUGCUUCGCGCGUUCAACCUGACCACAGUGUUCCUGGCUAGCGACGCUACGCCCUACGAGCUGAUGGAGCUGAAGGAGCUCUUCUACCGCUUCCGCUUCGUUCACUUUGCGCCGGAGUCGAACGUUCAACGGCGCGAGCUAAAGGAUGGGGGCGUGGCGGUGGUCGACCAGCUGGUCUGUGCCUACGCCCGCUACUUCGUGGGCACCUACGAGAGCACCUUCACGUACCGCAUCUACGAGGAGCGCGAGAUCCUGGGCUUCAGCCAAGCGACCACCUUCAACACGUUCUGCAAGGCCCUGGGCGGAAGCUGCUCCCGCAACGCCGUCUGGCCUAUUGUGUGGGAUGGCGACUUUGAUGGCGACAGCGAGGAGGACACCGAUUCCGAUCCGUACUGAAUAACCUCUGUGUUCCCGGACGUGCUGCCUUCUGCCGGAGGUUGCGCACUGGAAGACCAUUCGAAUCCUAGUUGUAAGUGCAAAGCGUGUGUCAGAAAGCAAAAGAGAUUAAAAACAAUCUGCGAUUGUGUACCAAAAAUAAACAAAUAGCCAAUAUUCUGUA